AUGGACGGCUUGGCGCAGCUCUUACUAGCCAUAUACAAUAGCGAGCAGUCAGCGACGUCAGUGCAAGGACAUUAUGCGCAGACCCUUGAUGAAACCGUACGGAUUAAGGCGUCCCAGGUCGGCGAGUAUGGAGAAGGCUACCGGGUUGGCCUCGAGGCGUCCACCGGCAAACAGACAGGAAGAGGAACGGUGGUCGAGGUGGCACCGCAGCAGGCGACGGCAGCACCCACUGCCGUGCGGGGACAGACGCCACGGCUUCCGUCGUUUCCAAGAGAGUAUAAAGAACAGAGCGGUGGAUCGGCUCUGAGGUCGCGAGUCCCUGCCGCUUACUGCAUCUACAUUCGGGAGGAUCACUUGGAGUGGUGGGAGGACUAUUCGAAGGGCAAGAAGGACGAAUAG